UUGAAAUUGUGUCUGUUUAAUUGUAAUUAAAAUGUAUAGCAUUAGUAAACUGUUUGUGUGUGUGUGUGUGUGUGUGUGUGUGUGUGUGUUUAGAACAUUCUUUGAAAGAUGGACGGAUUGACCGUGCACUAAAUGUCUGCAAAAAGGUGGUAGGGUGCUUCUCCUAUAGCUGGAGACGAAGGAGGGAGUUGUCCGAGGCCCAGAAAGAGCUCAAGCUCAAAACAAGCAAUGAUCGCCAGGGUAUUGGAACAACAGAGUGCCAUUUCUUUUGUUCUCUCCGCGGACAGAAAAGCCAGACACCUUGUCCCCACAUGGCAGGAUGUAGAGGUCCUUGAAGCGGUCAACAACUCCCUUUCUCCACUUGCUGAAUUCACGGAUGCUCUUUCAGGAGAGCAAUAUGUAAGUGUGUCAUAUGUGAAGCCUGUUCUUCAUUUGUUCAACAAUAAAAUCUUGGCAGAGAAAGAGGGAGAAACAGAACUGUCAAAAUGCAUCAAGAAAAAGAUCCUGGACUACCUGAAUAAUAAGUAUGAUGAUCCACUGACUCAAGAAUUGCUUGACAUGGCUUCUGCAAUUGAUCCCAGAUUCAAGCUCAAGUACGUCAAUGAGAACAGAGUUGAAGCUGUCAAGACUCGUUUGAGAGCUGAAAUGGCAUCAAUAUCUACUACAGUCAAGCCUCAACCAUCGGUGACUGUUAGAGAGGAUGCAGAUGACCAAAAUGCUCCAGCACUAAAGAAGACCAAAAAAACACUGGGCAGCUUCUUUAAAGUAGAUGAGGACCAGAGGCCAGCAUCGCCAUCUCUCAAUCUCCAAGACAUGGCCAUUACUGCAGAGCUACAGUCUUAUUUUCUAUCUGCUGCUGUUGAUAGUGAGGAGGAUCCUUUGGUCUGGUGGAAGGAACAUGCAAAACAAUUCCCAGCACUAUCCAAGUUGGCACAAAAGUAUUUGUGCAUUCCUGCCACAAGCUCUCCCUCGGAAAGAGUAUUCAGCACUGGAGGAAACAUUGUGAAUUGUUUGCGUGCAUCCCUAAAGCCUGAAAGUGUGGACAGGCUUGUGUUCCUAGCCAAAAAUCUUUAAAAGUCUAACUUGAUGUUGUUCAUUCCUGAAACCUUGAAGUGUUUUUAUGUCUUGUGUUCUAGGCCAAAAUACUUCAUAUGGCAAACUAAGUUUUUUUCUUUCUACAGGUUAUCUUGAGUUUUUCUAUUGUUUUAAUUUUAGUUUUAGUAUAAUACCAUGCAUACUAUUGCAUAUUUGCACUUUUUUAUUUAAAGAAACCAAACCAAUGUAGAAAAGCAAUAAAAGUUUUUCAGGAAGAGUGUUUUCAGCUUGGUUUUUUUUAUUUUUAUAUACAAAUAUGGCAUGAAGUUGCUUUAAACAUGGUAUAAAGCUACUUAAAACAUCAAUCAAUGUAAAUUGUAAUAAUCGUAAUUAAUAAUCGACAAUUAUGAUUUUUGUCAUAAUCGUGCAGCCCUAAUAGAAACUGAAACCAACACCCUGUCUAACUCAUCUGUAUGAGCCAAGCAUCCCGAACACUGCUCGUCAUCCACAGACCACAGAGCUAACUGUCACAUCACAAGAUGAGCUACACAGCGAGCUACAUGAGACCGGUCCUAACCACCCAUCGAUCGUCACACCUGCCCUGAUGCCAACAUUCCUGGUCAAUCUUGUCAAAAAUUGUUUGCCAUUAAGAUUGUUGGCCAUUAAAUCGAUUCGAAUUAGCGUCUAUCACCCACAAACCGACGGCCUGGGCGAACGAUUUAAUCGCACACUUAAAUCCAUGAUCCGUAAGUUCGUUCACGAAGACGCCAAAAAUUGGGAUAGGUGGCUAGAGCCCUUGUUAUUCGCUGUGCGCGAGGUCCCGCAAGCCUCUACGGGGUUUUCCCCCUUCAAGCUUCUCUAUGGACGCCUGCCCCGGGGGGUGCUCGACAUACUGAGAGAAACUUGGGAGGGGGCCAUCAUAGGGCAAAAACAAAAUUCAGUAUGUGCUGGACUUGAGAACAAAACUCCACACAUUGGGGCGGCUAUCAAUGGAGAAUUUGUUACAAGCCCAGGACCGCCAGAGCCAGCUGUAUAACAGGGGAACUAGGUUACGCAAAUUUGCACUGGGAGAGAAAGUACUUGUAUUACUCCCAACAACAAACUCUAAAUUAAUGGCUAAGUGGCAGGGACCAUUUGAGGUCGCACAACAGGUUGGACAUCUCGAUUAUGAGGUAAUACGGUCCGAUAGGAAGGGGUCGCGUCAGAUCUACCACCUCAACCUCCUUAAAAAAUGGAAUGAGGCGGAAUCAGUGAUGUUGGCAACGUUGAUUGGGGGGGAGGAUGAUCUCGGGCCAGAGGCGAAUAUCAAACCACAAUCCCUCGUCCUGGCUCCAGGUGGAGAUCACCUCUCGCCGUCCCAACUCUCUGAUUUAACGAAAUUGCAGGCAGAGUUUGCCGACGUCUUCUCGCCCCUACCGGGCCGUACUAACCUCAUUCAGCACCAAAUCGAGACCGAGCCGGGCGUGGUAGUUCGCAGCCGGCCGUAUUGUUUACCUGAGCACAAGAAAAAAGUAGUUCAGGCUGAAUUAGGCGCUAUGCUGGACAUGGGGGUAAUAGAAGAAUCUAAUAGUAACUGGGUGAGCCCGAUAGUUUUAGUUCCGAAAACAGACGGCUCAGUCCGGUUCUGUGUAGAUUACUGCAAGGUGAAUGCUGUGUCGAAAUUCGACGCGUAUCCAAUGCCGCGGGUUGACGAAUUGCUUGAUCGGCUAGGCACGGCUCAUUUUUAUUCGACCUUGGACUUAACAAAGGAUUAUUGGCAGAUCCCCUUGUCUCCAUUGUCCAGAGAAAAGACAGCUUUCACAACG